UACAGACUAGUCCCACAAUAAUUAGGUCAUGGAGGAGCCAUAGGAAACCAUAGCUACCUUGUUUCCCCCUUUGGCUCCGCUCAUAAUGUGCUAUUUGUAGAAAGCUCCAGUGCUGCAUCCAGCUGAGAGGCAUACUGAUCAGUUUGCUGUGUUGCUGGAGGCAGCUCUGCAGGGAAGGGGGCUUUGUGACGGAGGGGUAAGUGUCAGUUGAGUUUUUAUUGCUGUAACCCCGAAAAGGGGCUCUAAUAAGUUGCAGCUUUGCUGAUAAAGACUUUCCAGAAAAAUCGUUCUGUUCCUGAUAAUCCUGCAAGCUUUGGUUCAAUGAGUAAAUUAAUAAAGCUUCUGAGCAGUGCCAAAUGAUCAGCUGAGGGGUUCUGAGUGUAUAACCCAUAGCAACCAAGGAAAGACAGUCCUUGCCCUAUAAAUGUGGAGGAGCUGGACUAGGAUUGGUAUAAAGUUUCACUGAGUGUAUCCCGCCAUCACCGGUCAGCAUGUCAAGGGAGUUUCUUAAAGGAAACAGUCUGGAGGUUCCUGUUCAAGAAAAUAGUUUGGUAAAGAAGACGCAGCUGUUGGACCGAGGCCAGUGGGGAAACAAAUUGGAGUUCCUGUUAGCUGUAGCAGGAACCCUGGUUGGGCUAGGAAACCUUUGGAGAUUCCCCUAUUUGUGCUACAAAAAUGGAGGAGGUGCCUUUCUUAUUCCAUACGUCCUAUUUCUGCUGUCUUGUGGAAUCCCAAUGUUCCUCCUGGAGACAGCUAUGGGACAGUUCACAGCUCAGGGAUGCAUAACCUGCUGGAGGCAAUUCUGCCCCUUGUUUGAAGGCAUUGGCUAUGCCACUCAAGUGGUGAUUGCAUAUGCUGCUGUCUCUUACAUUGUCAUCCAGGCGUGGGCUUUUUUCUACCUCUUCUCGUCCUUCAGUGCCGAGGUACCUUGGGCCAGUUGUAGGAACCCCUGGAACACAGAGUUCUGUGUUGAAUUUGAUAAAACAAAUGUGUCCUUCAAUUGGACAGCAGCUGCGAAUGCAACAACACCUGCAACAGAAUUCUGGGAGAGACGAGUACUGGGUAUUUCUCAGGGAAUUGACCAUAUCGGCAGCUUGAGGUGGGAACUGGCCCUGUGUCUGUUACUGGCAUGGAUCCUGUGCUACUUUUGUGUUUGGAAAGGUGUCAAAUCUACUGGAAAGGUGGUUUACUUUACAGCCACAUUUCCGUAUGUGAUGUUGAUUGUUCUGUUGGCUCGUGGAAUCACUUUACCAGGAGCUAAGGAUGGAUUAGCUUUCUACUUGUACCCUGACCCCACAAGGUUGGUGGACCCUCAAGUUUGGAUGGACGCAGGCGCACAAGUUCUUUUCUCUUUUGGCAUUUGUCAGGGGAGUUUGACAGCUCUGGGCAGUUAUAAUCCGUACAGUAACGAUUGUUACAAGGACACAUUUGUCCUGUGUCUGUUGAAUGGGGGUUCCAGUUUUGUGGCAGGGUUUGCAAUCUUUUCUGUAUUGGGCUUUAUGUCAUAUGAGCAAGGAUUGCCAAUAUCUCAGGUGGCUGCUUCAGGACCUGGCUUGGCAUUUAUUGCCUAUCCUCGUGCAGUAGCCAUGAUGCCAUUACCUCAGUUAUGGGCUAUAUGUUUUUUCAUCAUGGUCAUCUUGUUGGGUGCAGACACACAGUUUGUGAGCCUGGAGUGCUUGAUGACCUCAGUCACAGAUAUGUUCCCCACUGUGUUUCGAAGAGCAUAUCGAAGAGAGUUGCUGCUGCUUUGUCUCUGCACUGUUUGCUUUUUUCUUGGUCUCCUUCUUGUCACAGAGGGGGGCUUGUAUUUCCUUCAACUCUUUGAUCACUAUGUUUGUAGUGGCAACAAUCUUCUCCUCCUCUCAGUAUGUCAGUCGAUAGCAAUGGGAUGGAUAUAUGGUGCAGAUCGUUUCUAUGACAACAUCGAAGACAUGAUAGGCUACCGUCCAUGGCCUCUAAUGAAGAUUUGCUGGCUUUACAUAACCCCCACUGUUUGUCUGGGCACCUUCAUCUUUUCAUUGGUGAGAUACAAGCCCCUCAAGUUUAACAAAACCUACAUCUAUCCAACCUGGGCAUACACUUUAGGCUGGUUCCUUGGACUGUUCUGUGUUCUUCUGGUUCCUCUGUGGAUCCUCUUUAAACUUACACGGAUGAAAGGGACAGUGUGGCAGAAUAUCAGGCAGCUUUGCCGCCCUGAACACAAGAAGAACAACCCAGCAAAACAACCUGAGCAGUAUCCUUUGAACCCGGACAACACACUUACGCCUGUAGCCAACGAUUACAAGGAAAGCAGUGGAGCGGAGAUAGACAUGCAAGUGAUGGAAGACUCUCUGUGCAAGCCAUGCCGUCCCUCCACAAGGACAUCUUCACAAACUAUUCAGGAGCGUGGCAAGUGGGGAAGUAAGAAAGAGUUCAUCCUGUCUGUGGCUGGUGCUAUUAUUGGACUUGGCAAUGUGUGGAGAUUCCCAUACCUUUGCUACAAGAAUGGUGGAGGUGCGUUCUUCAUUCCUUACAUCUUGUUCCUUGUGACAUGUGGACUUCCUCUGUUUGUAUUGGAAGCAUCACUGGGCCAGUACACCAGUCGGGGGGGCAUCAUGUGCUGGAGAAAGGUGUGCCCCUUGUUUGAAGGAAUGGGAUGCGCCAGUCAAAUGAUCAUUUUUUAUGGAAAUAUCAGCUACGUGGUGAUAUUAGCCUGGGCAUUCCUUUACCUCUUCUCUUCCUUCUCUGGAGAGUUGCCAUGGGCGACUUGUAAUAAUGAGUGGAAUACAGAUCAUUGUGUGGAAAUAAACAACUAUAAUACCACUGCUAACUGGACCUCCCCUGCGAAUGCAUCAUCGUCUUCUGUUGUAGAGUUUUGGCAAAAACGAGUGUUAAAUAUAUCAACUGGUAUAGAAGCCUUGGGAAACAUACAUUGGGACCUUUCUUUGUGCCUGCUUCUGUCCUGGAUUGCCUGUUACUUUUGUGUCUGGAAGGGAGUGAGAUCCACAGGAAAGGCUACCUACUUGACAGCCACAUUCCCCUUCCUCUUGCUAAUAGUGCUGUUUCUCAGAGGAAUCACACUUCCAGGAGCUUUCCAUGGUAUCAAAUACUACCUGUACCCUGACCCUGCACGUCUUGCCGACCCUCAGGUGUGGAUGGAUGCUGGAACUCAAAUAUUUUAUUCCUAUGCUUUGUGUUUGGGUUACCUGACUACAUUUGGAAGCUACAACAAGUACAACAACAACUGUUACAGAGACUCCUUCUUUCUUUGCUUGCUGAACAGUGGAACCAGUUUCAUAUCUGGAUUUGCCAUUUUCUCAAUUCUGGGCUACAUGUCACAAAAACAGGGAGUUGACAUUUCUGCUGUUGCUGAAUCAGGUCCUGGCCUUGUCUUCAUCGUCUACCCGCAGGCAGUGACCCUGCUGCCUUGGCCUCAAGUCUGGUCCGUGUGUUUCUUCAUGAUGAUCAUCUUUUUAGGAAUAGACGGUCAGUUUGCUGGACUUGAAAGCAUCAUGACGGCUUUAUCAGAUGUCUACCCUUCCCAGAUCCAAAAGGGAUGCCGCAGAGAGCUGUAUCUGUUGAUGAUCUGCGCUGUCAGCUAUGUGUUGAGCCUAUUUUUGGUGACAGACGCUGGUGCAUACAUUCUGCUGAUCUUCGAUCAUUAUGUAUGCAGUGGUCCCACGCUUCUUCUGAUGGCAAUAUUUCAGUCAGUGACUAUUGGAUGGAUUUAUGGAGCUGAACGCUUCAGUCGCAACAUCGAGGACAUGAUCGGUUACAAACCUCUGCCUCUGUUCAAGUAUUGCUGGAUGUAUGUCACCCCUCUAAUGUGCUUUGGGACCCUUGUUUUUCUGCUCAUGAGGUACACCCCAAUGAAAUUCAACAACACCUAUGUGUAUCCUUGGUGGGCUUACUGUAUUGGCUGGUUUCUGGCUAUGUCAUCUCUGUCUAUGAUACCACUCAUCAUGAUCUGCAAACUGGCCAAAGGAAAGGGGACUUUUUGGCAGCGUGUCAAGAUGAACAUCCAGGCUGCAGAUGACCUUCCGGUUACGGCUAAGGAAUAUGCCAGCAACAAUACUCCAUUGCAUGUCCAUAAUGAUGGGUGAAAAGGCCACAUACAAUGAAAUACAAAACCUUUCCUAGAGAACAAUUUACAAACUCAUUUAAUAGUAAUCACCCUGUUCAUCAGUAUGUAAGUAUAUACUGUAGCAGUGUUUCUGUCUGCAAGGAUACUUCCCUCUGUGUCAGUUUUCUUAUUUUCCUCCUAUUUUGCUUUGGACAUUUUUUGUCUCUUUUACCUUUAGAAAUGGGUGCAUAGCCACUUGCAAAUAACAGCUGUGAGGACCCUGCUCACUUUCUCUUUCAAACAGCUGACAAAAAAGAGAAAAGCUUUAUUUGCUAUUUAAGCAAUAAUUCACACCAAAUUCAGCACUGAAACACCUACAGUAUUUGCAAAUUUGUGCAAAGGUGUGUUCCGUUUAUGUGCAAUUCAAAAACGAUAGCAUUGUAGUGAGACAGUCUAGGGAGAUAAGGUUCAAUUUCUUUGAUUCACAACUUUAUUCUCCAAAAGCACUUUCUGUUUCAAUCUGUCUAUCUUGGGGGCAGAGGGCCAAAUCUGAAUGUUGCAUUUGCAAACUCUAUACCAAUAGAGGCUGACUAUAACUUAAGCUCUUUAUUUUUCUCCUCAAAAAUAUAUUGACCUGGUUGUUUGCAAAGAUAUAUACCAUUUAGUAUUCUUUUACCAAUAUUUAUUUUAAGGUGGGGUCAUGUGGAUACAGUAUCAAAUGUCUAUAAAAGGUCCAAUAUUAUGUUUUUUUUCUGACUUUAAAUGGUUCAAAAAAUAUUUUUGUUGCUUAUUUUUUAGUUGCAUUUUAAGUAGUACUCGACUAAUGAAUAUCAAAAUAAAUGUUUUAGGCAACACAAAAUGCAAGGUUUUAGACAAGGGGUCUUCAAAGCUGAAGCCAUUGUGAAAGUGUACAGAGAAAUUCAGUUUAUUUAAUGAGCACUAGAGGAAGUCAACAAAAGCGAGUCCAUUUUUACUUAAAGGUAUUGUGACAUCAUUUUUAACAUGCUUUUAACACUAUUAAAAGUCUUGGCCAACAUCCCUCAAAUGUGUCUAAAAGAGUGUAACAAGAAAAACUUCACUCUAGUACUCCAUUCCUGGCUUUUUAUGACAGUGUUUUUUUGCACCGUGAAAAACGCUUCCUUUUCCCCCUUUCCUGUCAAUCAUUGCGCCGCUCCUCCUCCAAACCUCCUCCAACCCAACCAUACGCUCACAGCGGCGUCGGAGAGUUAAGCCGGGAGCGACAGGCGAAGCAUGCACGGAAAAGCAGCACGGCGAACCACAGCAAACAAUCAUAAAAAUAAAGGCAUGCAAGCAGCAGUGUCCCCUUAUCUUAAGUCCAGUCAGUGGCCGCGGGUCUUCUUAGCAGUUUUCCUCCGGUGAUUAGAACAAAAGAGGCUCUAAACAGCUCCGUGUUAAGCCUGAUUUAUGGUUCCGCGUUAAAUCGACGCAGAGCCUACGCCGUAGGGUUCAGCGUACGGUGCGCGUCGCCGCGUAACCCUACGCCGUAGGCUCUGCGUCGGUGUAACGCGGAACCAUAAAUCAGCCUUUAUGGUGCGCUGGAGAGGAGAG